AUGUUUUCAAAAGAUCCCCUUACUCAAGCAUGCAUAGGAGGAAAUCUCGAACGUAUUAAAUCUCUUAUAGAGAAUAGUGAUUAUAAACAAGUAGAAUCUUUAGAUCAGCCACUCAUUUGGGCAUCAAGAAAAGGUCAUCUUGAAGUUGUUAAUUAUCUUAUCUCUGUUGGAGCUGAUAAAGAAGCAAAGAAUAAUGGUGGAUGGACUCCACUCAUUUGGGCAUCAGCAAAAGGUCAUCUUGAAGUUGUUGAAUAUCUUAUCUCUGUUGGAGCUGAUAAAGAAGCAAAGAAUAAUGGUGGAUCUACUCCACUCCUUUGGGCAUCAGAUAAUGGUCAUCUUGAAGUUGUUGAAUAUCUUAUCUCUGUUGGAGCUGAUAAAGAUGCAAAGAAUAAUUAUGGAGAUACUCCACUCUUUUGUGCAUCAGAUAAUGGUCAUCUUGAAUUUGUUAAAUAUCUUAUCUCUGUUGGAGCUGAUAAAGAAGCAAAGAAUAAUAAUGGAUGGACUCCACUCAUUCGUGCAUCAAAAAGAGGUCGUCUUGAUGUUGUUAAAUAUCUUAAUUCGAACUGGUAA